AUGGCGCCCAAGAGCUCCGGUUUCCGUGCCGCUUUUAGAAUCUUCUUCUUUUUUCUCUUUUUCUCUCUUUUCACUCCUGCAGUAUCAACUUCGAGCUGCGAGCCUAUCCGUCCUCGGCCUUCACGCCGUCUGCUGCAAAGUACAAUGCUGCAGCAAUUUCUCGUACCGCACAACCUCAUCAGAGGGAGCCUCGGCCUGCCGCCGCUCCAAUGGAGCGACGCGCUCGCGGGCUACGCCUCGUGGUGGGCAAGCCAGAGGAGCGGCGACUGCGCUUUGGUUCAUUCCGAUUCUGACUACGGAGAGAACAUCUUCUGGGGCGCAGGCGCCGAGUGGCAGCCCGGAGACACGGUUGCAGCCUGGGCGGCCGAGAGCAGCUUUUACGACUACGGUUCGAACUCGUGCCAACCGGACCAGGAUUGCUCGCACUACACCCAAAUCGUGUGGAGGAAUAGCUUACGGAUCGGGUGCGCGCAAAUCGUGUGCACGACCGGGGACACUUUCAUUACAUGCAACUAUGAUCCCCACGGCAAUGUCAUGGGCCAGAGGCCAUUUUAGACUCAUCUAUCUCCUGAGCAAUUUUUGAGAAGAGGUGAUGCUUUAUAUACUCUGAGCUUAGCACCCUUCUCAAAUAUAUAUUAACGGUCUCAUACAAAGAGUACUAGGAAUUGUCAUCCAGAGAAGAGAGUGUCAGCUUUAGUAGAUUAAUUCUU